AUGAGCCUAAAGCCUACUGCAAAAGGAGUUAUUGUAAGUUUUAAGAGAAUGGAAUAAUUUAUUGAAAUUUGCUUGAUGUUCAGAUCCCAACAACAUCAGUUCAAAUGAACCCAACAACUUCGAAAGGAAGAGUCCCGUUGGCUAUAAAAAAGUGAGUAGAAAAUAUGGGAAAGUUAUGUUAGAAAACAGGCAGGACCUAAAUCUGGCCGUAUUUUUUGGUUUCAGUUAAACCUCGCACAAUCUCCAGUAAAAUUUCUCACGUUUUCAGGAAAACAAAUGCGUUGAAAUAUGACAAGCAAGUGAAUAUUGAUGAAAUGGUCUGUCAAUUCUUUGCAAAAACUGGACUUCCAUCUGAUACUGUGCGAGAUCCCUCGUUUAUUCAAUUGAUUUAUACACUGAAUAAAGAAUAUUCUCCACCAACACCUUCGACUGUUGAAUAUGAAUUAGAUGCGAUCACACAUAAAAUAAAGGUAACCCACUGCAUUUCAUCAAAUUCUAGGUAUUUUCAUUAUCAAUUUCCAGUCUGACAAGCGAAGUACUGAUUUGACAAAAUUUGUUCAACCGAUCUCAAUCACUGUUGACACGUUAAAAAAUGGUCCCGAUGUAUAUUUGGCGUUUUCUUUGCAUUAUUUCAAUGAAACCACGGGUCGUGAAAACACUGUGAAAUUUAUGAAAAUGAGCUCGUUGGAGUAAGUUUAGAAUAAAAAAAUUCGAAAGAAUAUUCAAAUUGAAUAAAUUUCCAGAAUUGAUCCAGUUUUGAUUCUCGAUGAGAUUCAAUACUCGGCAAAUGAAUAUUGUGCAAAGAAAAUAAGAUUUCCGAGUCUGGUCACUGCCAACCCGGAAAUUGCUCAAUAUUUCCAUGAAGUUGAUAUGAUUGAUAGAAGCUAUGAUUGUUAUUUUUCGUAUAUCACCAAAUUUGCCGAUGAGCUUCUCAAAAUUCCAGAAUUUGAAAUAACUCUUGAUGUUUUGAAGAACUUCUUCAUAGGUGUCAAGAAUGAUAACAAUUUCCAAUUGCAAAUUCAAAAGUGAGUUUGGAAAGAUAAAAAUGUUUUUUGUAUGAUAGAUUUGUAACAUUUUCAGAUACUUUAUUGCCAACAAGACACAUUUUGAUUUUCCAAAAAUCCAACUAACAAAAUGGACAGAUGUUUCGGAAUUUUUGUCAAAUGUUUUACAAUAUGUGAGCUCAUAAUUUUCAUCUCUUGCAAUAUACUAUAAAACUGUUUCUUACAGCACCAAUGGAUGGCAGAAUUAUCACUCCGAAGCAUCGAACACAAAGUAUAUAUUGAUGAAGUUGCAUAUGAUCAGCUUAUGAUUCUCCAAACAAUUCUAGCAUGUUUGAGCAGUAGUGUUAAAGAACUUUCGAAAUCCGACAGUUAUGCUUCACAAGUUAUUCCACAAUUGGUCCGAAUUAGAAAACUUAUUUUGAAGUGAGUUCAACAUUUUAGCCUGAUUAAUAGUGUCCCAUAAUUCAGAGAUUUGGGCAAUGAAACUUUGAGUAAACAAUUGGAGGCUGUUUUUCUGAAAAUUCUUGAUCCAUUAUUGCACGGGUAUAAAAAUGGAGUUUAUGAUCUCGCAACUUUCCUUGAUCCGCGUUAUUCUCUGGAAACCGAUAUUUUGAGUUACGAAACUUGGCAAGGACUUGCAGAAUUUACCAAAAACUAUUUAAGUAUGUUUCAUAACCCUUUAAUUCUUUUCACUGACUAACAAUAAGAGUUUUUUAGUGAAAUCAAGUAUUGGAUCGAAAAUGUCGAAUCGCGAAAAGAAAGCAAAAAUCGAUGUAGAAAUGUAUAAUUUCCAAAGCAUUGUCAAAAAACAACGACCAGCAACACACCCAUUCAAUUGGUGGAAAGUCUAUUCAAAACGAUUCGCAUUUUUAUACGAUGUUGCCAAGACUUUUAUCACACCGCCGCCGUGUGCAGUUGAUGUUCAACAAUAUUUUGGGCCAAAUGGAAAAUAUAUGCGCAAUGAAAGUAAAUUGUCUUUGAAACAAUUUAAUAAUAAUUUGACAAUUGCGGCAUCGUUGGAAACUUUUAGAGGUCGAGGAUAUACUGAUAAACAUAAUGAGCUUGAGCCAAUUGCAAUUAAUCAAGGUUUAUUAAUGAAUGUUCAUCAACCGGUUAAAGCUCCAGUCAUCAAGAGAAAGAAUAUUGACAGUUCGAAUCCAGUGGUGUCAGUCACUCAAUCUUAUAUCGUUCAAACCUCUAAUCCAGCUCCUGCUCCAGCACCCAUUUUGUAAGUUUCCAAUUUUUUCAUUGGUAAAAUACCUUUCUUUUUUUCAGACAAAAUAUCGUUAAAGAUGAACCACUUGAUCCAGAUGACGAAGGUGUUGAUCUAUCAAAAUAUUUGAUGCAGCCACCAGAUGUGAAAAAAGAACAAUUAGAUGAAGAAUUUAUUGAUGGGUUAGUUCAAGAUUCUGAUUUUAUCCUAUUAUCAAAAAAUAAUAAUUUCAGAGGUUUGAGCGCUGAAGUGAAACCAGAAUCAUUGCUGAUACCAUCAAAUGAAAGUUCAGUUAAAGUCGAGGAAGAACUUGUUGAUGUGAAACCUGAGCGAAUUGAAAUCGCAGAUACAAAUACACCAUCCACAUCCACAGCCACACACGUCAAACAAAAAUCGAUUUAUGUUAGCACACGAACUGAUCUCGGAGCAUCGCCAACAUAUUCGGAAACUGUUAGAGAAGUUCAGCGACCUGCUGAUAGACGGGUUUUCAUCAAAGUUCCGUGAGUUACCAAAUAUAUUUUUCUUGUGAACUCGGUAAAUCGUUCUUGUUUUAGUUAUCAAAAGAAGGCUAUGGAACGUGUUUUGGAGAAAUCAACUGUAGAACAACCUACAAAUGUAUCAAUGUAAGUUUGCUGCUUUUAUCCAACUGACUUCUUAAAUCUAUAUUUUUCAGUGACUAUGUUCCAUCUACAAGCGGUCAACCUCGUCAAAUCAAAAGAAUGUAUGAUUCUGUUCCCACGACACAAGGUAUUGUUGUCGAAUCGAAUAAACGCUAUAAAAGAGUUUGCACAAAUUUCGAAACGGAAAAUGGUGUUAUUUGUAAAGAGUGAGUUUUCCCAAAAAAAAACACAUGAACAAUCUCCUAAUAAAUUUAUAAUUAUUUUCAGAAGAAUCUAUCCAUUUUCAACGCCUACAAGUUUGGAAAGUAUAACUAUUGCGAGACCACAAAAAAUCCGCAAUACACCAACUGGACCGUAUCCAAAAGCAGACCUGUUAGUUUUUUUGUUGAUUUUUUUCAAGCAAAAGAAUAACUGGAAAAUAAUUUUCAGCUCCUCUACACCAGAUCAAAAACCCAACGAGAAGUCUUGA